AUGACUAGGCCUGAUCUUGCUUUUACUGCACAAGUUCUUAGCCAGUUCAUGCAUUGUCCUAAGGAGUCACAUAUGGAGGCAGCAUUAAGAGCAGUAAAAUACAUCAAAGAAACACCUGGUCUAGGAUUACUAAUGCCAGCAGAACAAACUACACAGCUAAUAGCUUAUUGUGACUCUGACUGGGGGGCAUGUCUUGAAACAAGAAAAUCAGUUACAGGGUUUUUAGUGAAGUUUGAAGGAGGAUUAAUAUCAUGGAAGUCUAAGAAGCACGGGACUGUGUCAAGAAGUUCAGCUGAGGCAGAAUUCAGGAGCAUGGCCACAUAUGCAGCUAAAAUAACCUGGUUGAUAGGCUUAUACAAAGAGUUAGGAGUCAAUAUAACAGUACCAGUAAAAAUGGUAUGUGAUAGCAAAGCAGCAAUACAAAUAGCAGCUAAUCCUAUCUUUCAUGAGCGUACAAAACACAUAGACAUAGACUGUCACUUUGUAAGAGAAAGAAUUUGUCAAGGAAUACUGGAGACAGAAUAUAUUAACACCAAGCAUCAACUCGCUGAUCUACGCAUAAAGAGUCUUGGACAAGGACAACACCAUCUAUUACUAAGCAAUCUUGGAAUGAAAAAUAUAUUUCAACCAUAA